AUGGAUUGGUUCACAACUUUACCUCGGGGAUCCAUUACGAACUUCCGCAAUUUCUCGUCGAAAUUCCUCGUUCAGUUCUCCGCAAGCAAGAUCAAGCAGGUCACAAUUGAUGAUCUAUAUAACGUUCGCCAGUUAGAACGAGAAACUCUGAAGCAAUACGUGAAGCGCUACAGUGCCGCAUCUGUCAAGAUCGAGGAUUCGGAGCCGCAAGCCUGUGCACGCGCAUUUAAGAAUGGACUACUGCCGGGGGAGCUGAACAACAAGUUGAGUCGAAAGCCAGUUUAUUCGAUGGCGGCAAUACGUGUUCUGGCGAACGCGUAUAUCCUUGUUGAGGAGGACAAGGUGCAAAAGAGAGCACACUUAUCACUUGAGGGGCAGAAGGCGCGAAGGACGUCGGCGACAAAUCUCCCGAAAAAGAACAGCAGGCCGCCUUGGUGGCGAGGAAACCUCGGAAGGAGAAGACAAUAG